GGGAGAGGUUCGGCAAAGUCCGGAACCGCUCGGCAAUGGCCGGAGGCGGCUGCUGAGGCGGGGAGAGGCUGCCGGGCUCGCCCUGCCCCGCUCGGCGCGAGGGCGAUCGUCGGGUGGGCUCCGCCGCCGCGCCCGCCCGGGAGGGGAAGGUGCGCGAUGCUGGCCGACAGCCUGGUGGAGGAGUUCGAGAUCCGCGAGGAUGAGCCCUGGUACGACCAGCAAGACCUGCAGCAAGACCUUCACCUUGCUGCUGAGCUUGGGAAGACACUGCUGGACCGUAACACUGAACUAGAGGAAUCCUUGCAGCAAAUGUAUGCAACAAACCAAGAGCAACUGCAGGAGAUAGAGUACCUCACAAAGCAAGUGGAGCUCCUGCGCCAGAUGAACGACCAGCACGCAAAGGUCUACGAGCAGCUGGAUGUGACAGCAAGAGAACUGGAGGACACCAAUCAGAAGCUGGUUGCAGAGAGCAGAGCUUCACAACAGAAGAUAUUAAGCUUGACAGAGACCAUUGAAAAUCUACAAACUCACAUAGAUGACCUGCAGCGACAAGUAGAAGAACUGAAGAAGCCUGGCCGAGGCCGGAUGAGCCACGAGAGGUCUGACCAGCCCAGAUCGAUGCACAGCUUCUCCUGUCUGAAGGAGCUCUAUGACCUGCGCCAGUAUUUUGUGUACGAUCAUGUGUUUGCAGAAAAGAUUACUUCGAUGGAUAGUCAGUUAAGCCCUGUAGAAGAAGAAAAUGAGAAGUUAAAAAAAGCAGUUACAGUUCUGCAAGCCCAGCUGAACCUGGAGAAAGAGAAGAGGGUGACAAUGGAGGAGGAAUACAGUCUGAUGGUGAAGGAGAACUGCGAGCUGGAGCGGAGGCUCGUGGAUACAGACUUGUACCGCGCGCGGGCGGAGGAGCUGGAGGCAGAAGUAGCCGAAAUGCGGCAGAUACUCCAGUCUGAAAACACAUUCCAUAAUGCAGAGAAGUUGGUGCCAGAGUCCUUUUUCAUUUCAUUCAAGGAAUCUCUGGACAGGGAGCUGGGGCAGAGCCUGGCAGAUGAUGGACUGGUGACAGAGCUGGAGAAGAAGGCGCUGAAGCGGAGCAGCAGCGAGACCCUGCUGAGCAGCGCGGUGGGCGCAGACAUCCUGAGGGGCCACGAGGAGACCUGCAUCAGGAGAGCUGAGGCCGUGAAACAGCGGGGAAUCUCUGUGCUUAAUGAAGUUGAUGCUCAGUAUAAUGCUCUGAAAGUGAAGUACGAGGAACUUUUGAAGAAGUGUCAAAUGGAUGAAGAUUGUUUGAAACACAAGGCUGUCCAGACACUGAAGCAGUAUUCCAAAGACCUAAACGUGGGGAACACCCAGUAUGAUCUCUCGGCUAGCAAUCAAGGAUUCACAGUUGUGGAGCUAAGUGACUCUCCCACAAAUGCUCUCCCUGAAUAUAAAGCACUCUUCAAGGAAAUUUUUAGCUGUAUCAGAAAAACAAAGGAAGAAAUAGAUGAACACAGAGCCAAGUACAAGACCCUCUCCUCUCAGCCAUAACCUUAUCUGUUAGUCAAGAACUUUAUAAGAAUGUCAGAAGAUCCCUUAAAGUGAUCUAUUUCUUGAGCACUCAAAAUGAAUGUUUUGGAUUGGCUGGUAGACCUGUAGUUAACAAGCCAGUUAGUUAACAGCUAGUUUCCCUGUUCCUAUGUAGCAAUAGAUUUAAUGUUUAGCACUGUCACACAAACUAGGGGUUGUAAAGCAAACAAACAUCAUAGCUUAAUACUACACUACUACUUCAUAUCACACUUCAUCUCUGGCUCGAGCAGUGACUGAUGUUCAUCUCCUUAGGCCACUUCAAAACUAACAGAGCUCAGAACUGUCAUAAGAGCCAGACUGAAGCUUUCCUUUGGUUCACAGAUGAAGAAAAUAACUAAAGCAAAGCCCCAACCAGUGUCAUGAGCAGCCUCUCCUCAGUUCUCGAGGAGGGGAGCAGCCUUGUGCUUGCUUUUGCAGGGCAGCAGAGCUGUGCUUGCUUCAAGCCAAUACCACAUUUCCACAUGCACUAAACCCUCCCACAGAUUGGUAUAAAUGUCUUCCUACUGAGAAAGGAUUUGAUGUCAAGUUUGUGUGGCUUUUUAGGUAUGGUUUCCUUUGUAGGGCACUUUGUCUUAAGGCAAGAUACUGUGAAUUGACUAUGUAUGUGAUUUGGGACCUACUGUUCUCUGGUGGUUGCAAAGUACAUUUUUAUGUGUAUUGGGUAAGAUAGAGAGUUGUAAUUUAGCUAUUUAGCUUUAGUGGUAGCAUUGACAUAGUGGAGUAGCUUUUGAUGUUACAUACCACAAACUCUUAAGUGCUUGAGAGACAGGCCAGGUAAAACCUUACACUGUCUGUUGUUUCCAGUGUCAGCCUCUGUGCACCCAUUCCGUGCUGCCUGGGGGGUGGGAGGACAGACACAACUCUGCCAGCACGAAUCCUACUGCAGUCUUGUUCUGCCUCUCCUUUUCCACUCCCUAAUAGUAAUUCCUAUGUACUCAAAGUCUGAAAAACAAAGAACAUGGAGAAGCAUGUUCAGAACUGUGUGAAGGAAACAAAGCAGUUAAGGAGGAGAAGAGGCACGAUGGAAGGUGACAACAUCCUUCUCCCUGUAAAGGUCUGAUAGCUUAACAUGGCCAGCAGUUCUUGGGAAUCAGCUCCCUGCCUUUCCAAGCUGCUGGGAUGUACCAAACAUUGACACAGAAUGUUGAGUUUCUCAGCUUUAGCUGCGCUGCUGCAGCUCUGCUGCCUUACUCUGCUCUCUGCCAGCCUGGGUGGAGCUGCCCUUCAGCUGCAGUAUUAAGACUUCAUGUUGUGGGAUUUUCUCUAAAACAUGUAUUACAGUCUGAAAAUUAUUUAAAAAUGGGAAUCUGGAUCUUUUGAAUAUUUUUCUAAGCAAAUAAAUAAUCCAGUCAAGCUGCAUGUGUAAUUAGUAAUUACAUCCAUCUGUGCCAAUGAGCAAACAGUAAACUCCGUGCAGAUGGCACCCACAUUAUCUAGUCUGGCCAUCUUUCCUACACAGAUCAGAUGGAGUUCCCAUGGAAUUUGUAUUUUAGAAAACUUAUGCUACAUGGAAAAGGAUAGGCCUGUCUAGGAUAGAAAUCCAGAUGGAAAUAAGCAGUUUCUCCUCAUUGUUGUGGUGUUUGCCAGUGCUGUUAAAAAAGAAGGGGGUGGGGGGAGCAGAAAAGCUGCAGUUGUGCCAUCAGGGUCCUGUGCUGUCCCUUUCCCCCACCUGGACCCUUCUCACCUGGUCUGGCCCAGCUGGGACUGGAAAGCUGUAACCUGAGAAAGGCAUGACAGGGUCAGUCCCAGAUGAUUUACUGGUAACAUCCUCACCACUUCAGGGGGAGGGGGAUCUCCCGGAGAUCCUGCUGGAUCAGAAGACACGUAAAAGCAGUUCAGAAUUUUUGGUUAAGCAGGUGAGCUUCAGUGGUUUGUUACUUCUGGCUGAUUUAGAACACUUUGAUACAUACAGUUGUUAUGCUUUAAAAAUACCAAAAAUAUCUCCUCAGAACUACUUCAUUCUGCUGUACUGUACCCACCCCUGGCUGCCUGUGCCCCUGCUGAGCUCUGGCUGUGCAGGUUGUGCAAUAACCCACUCCAGGCUGGCUCUUUACAGCUUCUCCUGGAAAGCAGCUUUCCAGCUGUAGCCACAGGUAAUGCUGGGUCAGUGCCAGCCAGGGCUGCCUGGACAUAAAACACCUCCCAAUUACACUGACGUAGUCAAUAAACUACACUGGCAUAUGAAGGUAAAAUUUUAGCAGUUUAAAAAUAGCCAUUUUCCACCCAAAUGUGAAAUGCCAUACGUAUGGUAACAACAUUCUUAGCCAACCUUAUCUGGAUUAACCACCUUAAUCUGCUUAGUUUAGUCAACAACUCAGCUUUUUCUGAGCAUAAGUAGAUGAAAUCAAUAGAAUCCCCUUGAGCUUCUCAUACGAUGGAAGCUGCAGCAGAGAACAGGACCUGUGCAGUGUGUUCUGCAGAGCCCACAGUGGAUUCUCCUGGUCCUGCUGGAGUUGGGCUCCACUGCUAAACCUGCCCAGGGCUGGGUGGCUGCCCUGGAGCAGCAGGAUCUGCACAGCCCCAGAGGGCAGGGCCAGCAGGGAUUCACAGCCUGUGCUCUCCACCUCUGACCUCUGCUG